AUGAUGGCGAGUGUGUUCUCACUACCGGUGCUUGGACUCGAGUAUCAACGAGACAAGACCCCCCUCCAGCCACUGGACGGCGGUUUAGCAUCUUCGAUCAUGCCGUUCUUCACACUCGAGGGCUUCAAAAUCUCCUUCAGCUUCUUCUGUACCGUGUACGGUAUCGGAACGCUGGGUCUGCCGGCCAACUUCGCGCGUUCGGGGGCACCGAUCGCGACGGUGGCGCUGCUGUUCAUGGGUUUCGCCAACGUUUGCUCCUGCGUCGCCAUCUCACGCGUGUGCCUCGCAGCACCCGAACACCUUAAGACGUACGGUGACGUCGGCGAGUGGUGCUGUGGCAAGAUCGGACGCUAUCUUGUAUUGCUCGCACAGUUCGGCGUGUGUCUCCUUGUGCCGUGCGCGUAUCUCGUACUAGGCGGUAUCCUACUGGAUGGUAUCUCGCCGGGCGCGUUCGACCAGCAAUACUGGAGCAUCAUCAUGGCUGCUAUGUUGCUGCCUGUUAUCGUGACGCCGACGCUUAAGGAAGGUGCGUACGCUGCGUUUGCUGGCUGCUUGGGCACCGUACUCGCCGACGCGAUCGCCAUCGCCGUGCUGGCAGUAGGUAUCGGCAACGACCACCCGUCCGUGCCCCAUCCGGACAUCAAGUUCAGCGAGGCGGCAUCUUCAUUCGGCAACCUGGCUCUGGCUUACUCCGCCGCCGUGCUGGUCCCCGCUUUGCAGCGCGAACACUCCCAGCCUGAGCGUAUGCCUCGUGUCAUCGCCUGUACCAUGAUCUUCGCCGCGUGCUGCUUCCUGAUCAUCGGCGAGACGUCGUACUCGUACGUGGGGUGUCAGAUCCCCGGUAACCUGCUGUUCGCCGUCAACGGCACGGCUGCUGUCGUGCUUGCCUACAUGUUCAUGCAACUGCACAUUACCAUCGCGAUGUCCGUCAUCUUGAACCCCGUACUGUACAUUCUUUAA